AUGCCGCCAGAUCCCCAGUCUUUAUAUGGCAUCCGCCGCCCAAAAUCCACCGCCUCGCAAAAAGACGUCACAUCCUCCUCCACACUAGCCUUCACUACUCAUCUCUCCGCCCUUAUAUCUAAAGAAUCGAAUCUCUCGACCUCCUCAUCUGGUGCGCCAUCUACAAAAGGCCGGCUCAGACCCUCUCGAUCAAAGCCAGAUAUCUUCUCCGUUCACAACAAGAAUACACUGAAACGCGCCGCUGCGGAUAUAUCAGGAGACUCGCCUCACGUUAUUCAUCAGGUCCACAAACGAGGAAUAGAUAUUGGCUACGUGGAUGACGCUACACUUCACCGUUCCAAACGGAGACUGGAAGAAAAGGCUAAGCUUUAUGCGGAUUUGAAGAAGGGCGAACACCUCCUGGACAGCAGCGAUGAAGAAGAUAAUGGAAGCGCCCUGAAAAACCCUGCGGCAUUUGCAGUGAGGCGCGCGGGAAGUAACAGUCUUGUCGACUUUGAUCGCAAAUGGGCAGAAGAGGAGGCGAGAAAGGCACGUAGGGCGCGAGGGUCAGUUUCUCCGUCGGGUUCGGACAAGGACGAAGACAAGGACGGUCGCGAAACGGAGGACUUUUUGCUUGUCGACUACAUCGAUGAAUUCGGCCGCUCGCGUCGAGGAACCCGUGCGGAAGCUGCAGAGGCAGCUUUGCAACGGCACAGCGCCCCACCGCGGACAGCAGUCGACGACGACGGCAAAGAUCCGGACGGUAACAGUAAUAAUGGUAAUGACAACGUCACUAGAAGGAUAAUACUCCCAUCAGCUAAACCGAACCGGCCAUCGAAACUCAUUUACGGCUCCACAAUCCAAUCCGCAGCUUUCAACCCGGAUGCCAACAUCAGUGCGCGCAUGGAACAUAUUGCCAAGACGCGCGAUCGCACUCCAACCCCUCCCCCCGAGGCACAUUACGAUGCUGAAGCGGAAGUCCGUACACGUGGCACGGGCUUCUAUGCAUUUUCAAAGGAUGAGGCGACCCGUAGAGAAGAGAUGGAUGAAUUACUGAAGGCUAGGGAGGAGACGCUUGGGGAGAGAGAUAUGGCGAAAAAGAGGAAGGAGGCUAGAGAGAAGGCGAAGGAGGAGAGACGGAAGAAGAUUGAGGAACUUAGGGGGAAGAGGAGGGCGGAGGAGUUUUUGAGUGGGCUGGUGGAUUUGGGAGGGAUGGGUAGUGCAUGGGGGAAGCAGAAGGAAUCCGAAUAA